UUGUGGGUGUAUAUGGGCAACUGGAUAACCUGCUGCGUCCGUGCGCGGGACCAAGUUGCAGGAAUUCCUAACGCUGGAACCUUGACGUUUCCCACCUCCACUGAAUUUGCAUACUAUUCAGGAGGCACAGAUUGCAGUCACCCUUUACCUGUUCCAACAGUCUCAAACCAGAAUUCUAGUAGGAAAAAGAGAACAGGGAUUGUACCAAGUCCAAGGUCUGAGAGUGAAAUAUUAUCGUCUCCUUAUCUAAGAGCUCUUUUGCUCUCUGAACUUGCAAAAGCUACCACCAAUUUCCAUUCUGAUUGCCUUCUUGGUGAAGGAGGAUUUGGUUAUGUUUAUAAGGGAUGGCUAUGCAACGACACUCUUACUGCUGCAACACCUGGAUCAGGACUUGGAGUUGCAGUAAAAAAACUCAAGCCGAGAGGUUUGCAGGGUCAUAAGGAGUGGCUGUCAGAAGUGAAUUAUCUUGGACAACUUCGUCAUCCAAAUUUGGUCAAGCUCAUUGGAUUCUGCUUGGAAGGUGAAAACCGGCUUUUAGUAUAUGAAUUUAUGCCAAGAGGGAGCUUGGAGAACCAUUUGUUUCCAAAGAGUGCACCAGUUCUUCCCUGGGCAACAAGGAUUAAAGUUGCUAUAGCUGCUGCUCGAGGUCUUUUGUUUUUGCAUGAUGUGGAACCACAAGUUAUAUAUCGUGACUUUAAAGCUUCUAACAUCCUUUUAGACUCGGAAUUUAAUGCAAAACUUUCAGAUUUUGGCUUGGCAAAAUCUGGCCCAACUGGUGAUCAUUCUCAUGUGUCUACUCAAGUUAUGGGUACUCAAGGAUAUACUGCUCCUGAAUAUCUUGCUACAGGUAAACUAACUGCCAAAUGUGAUGUUUAUAGCUUUGGGGUCGUUUUACUUGAGCUUCUUACUGGUCGUCAUGUAAUGGACAAAAGGAAGGCUGGUGCAGAGCAAAAUCUGAUAGAGUGGGCAACGCCUUACUUGCAUGACAAGAAAAAGUUGUUCAGGAUUAUCGACACCAAGUUAGAAGGGCAAUAUCCUCGAAAAGCAGCUACAAUAGCAGCCACUCUAGCAUUGCAUUGUGUACAUCCUGAAUCAAGGGGAAGACCAGAUAUGUCAUUUGUGCUGAGUGCUUUAGAACAGCUUCCUUCAAAAUAUAUGUCUGGUCGUCCAUUGGGGGAUCGAAAAAAGAUGUCCAAGUCUCGACACAAAUCUGAAUCUGCAUUUCCAGGCAGUGUUAGGACAAAACACGCCUCUCGUAUUUCAGAAGGUACAAAAUCCCCACGAGAACGAUGA